AGGGACAUAGCACAAUGUUUUGGAUCUGCUUUGAGCUAUAUUGCGUUGAGGUUACUUGGAGAAGAACCUGAAUAUGGCGAAGACAGGGAAAUCGACAGAUGUAGAAAAUGGAUCCUCGACCAUGGUGGUUUAGUGGCUAUUCCAUCAUGGGGAAAGUUUUGGGUUACGGUCCUUGGAGUUUAUGAGUGGCAAGGCUGCAAUCCACUUCCACCGGAGUUCUGGUUUCUACCAAAAUUCACCCCUAUUCAUCCAGGGAAAAUGCUGUGUUACUGUCGGUUAGUUUACAUGCCCAUGUCAUAUUUAUAUGGGAAGAAGUUUGUGGGCCCUAUCACUGACCUAAUCAGAUCACUACGAGAAGAAAUGUACAACCAGCCUUAUGAUCAAAUCAACUGGAACAAAGCCCGGAACACUAUUGCUAAGGAGGAUCUGUACUACCCACAUCCUAUGAUUCAAGAUAUGUUAUGGGGAUUUCUUUAUCACGUGGGAGAGCCUAUUCUGAACUGCUGGCCAUUUUCCAAGCUUAGACAGAAGGCAUUAGAUAUCGCAAUUAAUCAUGUGCGCUACGAGGAUGAGAACAGUAGAUACCUUUGCAUUGGAAGUGUAGAGAAAGUAUUAUGUUUGAUAGCACGUUGGGUUGAAGACCCGAACUCAGAGGCAUACAAACUUCAUUUAGCUCGAAUCCCGGAUUACUUCUGGCUCGCAGAAGAUGGCCUGAAAAUACAGAGUUUUGGAUGUCAAAUGUGGGAUGCAGCAUUUGCUAUACAAGCAAUACUUGCUUGUAACGUGAGUGAAGAGUAUGGUCCUACGCUUCGGAAAGCACAUGAUUUCCUGAAGGCUUCGCAGGUAGUUGAAAAUCCAUCCGGUGAGUUCAAAGCAAUGUACAGACACAUAUGCAAAGGAUCGUGGACAUUCUCAAUGCAUGACCAAGGCUGGCAGGUCUCGGACUGCACCGCAGAAGGACUCAAGGCUGCACUGUUACUGUCAAAAAUGCCAAGUGCUCUCGUUGGAGAAAAAUUGGAAACAGAGCGAUUCAAUGAUGCUGUUAACGUCAUCCUCUCUCUACAGAGCAGUAAUGGUGGGUUCCCUGCUUGGGAGCCUCAAAAUGCUUACAGUUGGCUAGAGAAAUUCAAUCCAACUGAGUUCUUUGAAGACACGCUGAUUGAGAGAGAGUAUGUUGAGUGCACUGGUUCUGCAAUGCAAGCCCUGAUACUCUUCACAAAGCUACACCCUUAUCAUAGAACAAAGGAAAUACAUCACUGCCUUGCCAAAGCAAUUCAUUACAUUGAAAACACACAAAAUCCCGAUGGCUCCUGGUACGGGUGUUGGGGAAUUUGCUAUACAUAUGGUACCUGGUUUGCUGUAGAGGGACUAACAGCUUGUGGAAAGAAUUACCGUAAUUGUCCUGCCCUGCGAAAAGCUUGUCAAUUUUUGUUGUCAAAGCAACUUCCUAAUGGGGGGUGGGGAGAAAGUUACUUGUCAAGUCAAAACAAGGUAUAUACAAACAUAGAAGACAACCGUGCAAAUUUAGUUCAAACUUCGUGGGCUUUGUUGUCCCUCAUCGGUGCAGGGCAGGCUGAGAUAGACCCAACACCCAUACACCAUGGAAUGAAGUUAAUAAUCAAUUCACAAAUGGAAGAUGGAGACUUCCCACAGCAGGAGAUAACAGGAGUAUUUAUGAGAAAUUGUACCCUAAACUACUCAUCAUAUCGAAACAUCUUUCCUAUAUGGGCUCUAGGAGAGUAUCGCCGCCGAGUCUUGUCUGGACAAACUCCAAAUGCUGCAGCUUGA